GGCAAAAGUAUCUGCUGAAUGAAUAAAUGUAAAUGUACUUUCAAGCAGCCCUGUAGCUGCUCUGCAGAAUUAGAUGGUAAAUACAGGCACCCUCUGUGUACAACUUUGUCAUACAGUAUAUGUAACAUUGUGUAAUAUUUUCUGUGUUAUGUUAGCAGACUGAAACCUGACAUUCACCUGUGAAAGCAUAAAUUGUUGUAAAAUGUCAGCUUAAACACCUUUCUUUCUUUUAGCAAUGUCUCAUCAUCAAUGGGUUGAAUUAGCAGCUAAGAGCACAUAUUGAGCUUGGGCAUCAAGCAGCUACUGCCUAUGGCUAGAGAAUGACAUUUAAAACUGCUGCCUGCAUCACUGAACACAUUCAUUAUAUUUACAUUAGGACUAUUCUAGGACACAUCAAUAAAAUUUAACAAGCAGAUAAUUCAGCUGUUGAAUGGGAAAUAAAAAUUGCACAUGCUGUUGCCUUUUAUUAAAGGCUGACUGUGACUUGUUAAAUAUUUAACAGCUAACAUUUACUUCUUUGGGUCACAUGUUAACAUCACAAUCCUGAUAUCAUUAAACUUUGAUCAAUAACAUGCGUGUUUUGUUAUGUAAUACAUACCGUGUUGCAUACAUAGUACCACAUCUUAUCCAGUCACGCAAAGAGGCUGUUUCUUGACAGAUUCACAGUUAAGCUACUUGUGUAGUGGGGGACAUGCACUCUGGUUAUACAUGAGAUCCAUUCUGUUUGCUGGACUGUACAGAGAAAUAAUGGUGGGCAGGUUUGUCAGCAUGUAACUCCAGAAUAGAUUGAGCAAGAGAGGUUGACCUCAAAUCUGCAGAGGCUCAUUAAAAAAUCACCACUAGAGGAGCUGAGGUCUUUGAAGCAAACAGAAAGAUUCUGCUUAGUAAGACCCUCUGAAUUUUUGAAGUGCAGUGGCAAAAAAAUUGAGACUUUAGAGAUAACUGAACAAAGAGGGAAUUGCAGGGAUAAGGAACCAGCCAGAGUGUCCUUCAGGUUACAGCAUACAGUGUGCUAGAAUAAUGGAACAGCGCAGCUUGAGGAAGAAAAGCAGCAUUUGUGAAGGCAUUUAAAAUAAGAUUAAGUGCGAUGUCUGCCAGAGGAGGGAAGAAGAAAACCACCAAAUUGUCCCGCUCAGCCAGAGCAGGGGUCAUCUUUCCUGUGGGGAGGAUGAUGAGAUAUCUUCGCACUGGGACCCACAAGUAUCGCAUCGGCAUGGGUGCCCCCGUCUACAUGGCAGCCGUCAUCGAGUACCUUGCAGCUGAGAUUCUGGAGUUGGCAGGUAACGCAGCGAGAGACAAUAAGAAAGGUCGGAUCACCCCACGGCACAUCAAACUGGCUGUGGCCAACGAUGAGGAGCUCAACCAGCUUCUUCGGUGUGUAACCAUAUCAAAUGGAGGAGUCCUGCCUCGGAUCCAUCCUGAGCUUCUCUCCAAGAAGAGGGGAAACAGAGUCAAAGUGGACACCCAGGUAACAGUACCAGAGAAACGGGACAACCAUGUGAAGGCCAUCAAGAAGCCUUCAGCGAAAAAGGGCAAAGGAAGACCAGGCCGGAAACCAAGGAAGAAUGCAGAAACCAACAAAGAAGGGGCCUCCAACUCUACAGCAGAUGACGGUCCAGGGGACGGCUUCACUGUCCUCUCAGCUAAGAGCUUGUUCCUGGGACAGAAGCUUUCACUAACAGAGACUGAAUUAAGCAAAAUUGGAUCCAUCAAAGCAGAGGGAAUUAUCAAUCCGACUAACGCUGAGAUUGACCUGAAAGAAGGCAUUGGCAAUGCCCUAGAGAAGGCUGGCGGAAGAGAAUUCCUGGAAGGAGUCAAAGAGCUGCGAAAAUCACAAGGACCUCUAGAAGUCACUGCAGUCGCAGUGAGUCAGGCCAGUGGCCUGGCAGCCCGGUUCGUGAUCCACUGCAAUAUCCCACAGUGGGGCUCGGAGAAGUGCGAGGACCAGCUGGAGAAGACUGUGAAGAACUGCCUCUCUGCUGCCGAGGAGAAGAAGCUCACAUCUGUGGCAUUUCCCUCCCUCCCAGCUGGCCGGAAUGGUUUCCCAAAGCAGACUGCAGCACAGCUGAUUCUUAAGGCCAUCUCAAACCACUUUGUUUCUGCCACAACAUCCUCCCUGAAAAACAUCUACUUUGUACUCUUUGACAGCGAGACUAUUGGCAUUUACCUUCAGGAAAUGGCCAAGAUGGAUGCAAAGUGAAGAAUUUAUUUUGUAUGGUUGUGGUAAUGUUUCAGGUGGA